CGGGGCGAGGCGGACCGGUGGAUGUAGCGACGCAUCGCAUCGCGCCGCGCCGCGCCGUCGUGGUCGGCGAACUUCAGACGAUCGAAUCGCGGCUGUGUCGCGUCCCUCGGCACGCUUAACCGCGUACUGGAACGAAGAGUCUCUUGCCAACCGCUCUCCUCCGCCUCCGACGGCUCCGGUCGUGCUGACCAUGCCAAGUGUCUGCAGGGAAUCGCACGGAUCACAUCGCGGCCGGUACGCACGCACUUAGUUAAGAACCAGGCGAUCGGAGAGAAAAUCGCGGCCUGCGAGAAGCCCAAGUGCGAGUGCAAACCCGGAGAGGCGAUCCACCGCGCGGCGGCCCGUCGUCGGACACGCACGGCUUUAUCGAUACACUUUCGGCGUCACAGGCCCUGCGGCGCCUAUGCAUAUCUCCAGAAUUUGGACCGUGUUCUAGAAUACGUUAAAGCUAAAGCGCUUGGUUACAUUUGGUUGGUUUACUGAGCAGCCACUAUGUCUGAAAUCAUAUACCCGCAAGGGUGCAGAUCGGUCACCGAGGAUUUAGGCCCGGACGAGCUGAUCAGGAGACUCAAGACGCUGGCGCACACGUUGCAAGCUAUGGGACAAGAUGAGGGAAUGUACCAGCAGUACAUUCCGCUGGCGCUACAUUUGGCAGAAGAACACUUCCUGAUGCACCAGAGCAAAGACGUGCAACUCUUGAUCGCCUGCUGUAUUGCGGAUGUCUUACGAGUUUACGCGCCAGAGGCUCCUUAUAAAGACGCCGAUCAGGUCAAAACGAUAUUCUUGUUCCUCAUUAAACAACUGGCGGGCUUGAAAGAUCCUAAAGAUCCUGCUUUUAAGAGGUACUUCUACCUACUCGAAAAUCUAGCAUAUGUCAAGUCAUUUAACAUGUGCUUUGAGCUUGAGGAUUGCCAAGAGAUUUUCUGCGCGUUAUUCUCCCUCAUGUUCAGAAUUGUCAACGAUGAACAUUCCGGCAAAGUUAAGAGCUUCAUGCUGGAUGUUUUGUGCCCGCUCAUCACCGAGUCGGACAUCGUCAGUAACGAACUUUUAGAUAUCAUACUCAUGAAUAUCGUAGAACCAAACAAAACGCAAAAGAAGAAUGCAUACUUGCUGGCUAAAGAGUUGGUAGUCAAAUGUAGCGAUACAUUAGAACCGUACAUUCAGGCGUUUUUCAAUCAUGUCUUAAUACUGGGUAAGGAGGAGAAGAGCUUACAAAUCUGCAAGAAGGUAUACGACCUGAUCUACGAGUUGAACCACAUAUGUCCGAGUGUCUUGCUGUCCGUCCUGCCGCAACUAGAAUGCAAACUAAAAUCCUCCUCUGAGAACGAAAGAUUGGGCGCUGUGGCAUUGCUGGCUAGAAUGUUCUCCGAAAAGGGCUCACAGCUAGCCGUGCAGUAUACGCCGUUGUGGCGGGCGUUUUUGGGACGGUUCAAUGAUAUCAGCGUGUCGAUUCGUAUUAAGUGCGUGCAGUACUCGAUGCACUUCUUGCUAAAUCAUCCGGAAUUGAGGAAGGAUAUCACGGAUACUUUGAAACUGAGGCAACACGAUGCCGACGAGAGUGUCCGCUACGAAGUUGUUAUGGCUAUAGUAACGACUGCCAGGCGAGACUUUGAAGUUGUGUCAGAUAGCGAGGAUCUGCUCGAAUUUGUCAAAGAAAGGACUCUGGAUAAAAAGUUUAAAAUACGGAAAGAGGCGAUGUCUGGCUUGGCUAUGAUAUAUAAGAAACAUUUGAACGACGCUGAUGUGCCGCAGGCCACAAAGAAAGCGGUUAUUUGGAUAAAAGAUAAAAUAUUGCAUGGUUAUUAUAUGGCGGGCAUGGAAGACAGAUUGCUGGUGGAAAGAUUGCUAAAUACGUGUCUAGUACCUUAUCAAUUACCAGCUGAAGAGAGAAUGAAAAAAUUGUACCACCUCUUAGGUACAAUUGAUGAUCAUGCUUCUAAGGCGUUUGUGGAACUGCAGAAGCAUCAGCUGGCUGUACGAAGGGCGGUAGUUGAGUGGCUAGACAUUGUGAAGAAACCGGACGCUAAAAAUGAACUAAUGACAAAGAUUCAUCAGAUAUCGCGCUUCCUGCCAGAUCCCAUGAAAGUGCAGGAGUUUCUUCAAAAGUUUAGCUCUCACAUGAAGAAAGACACCAGAUUACUACAGGAAAUGGAAACGAUUGUGCAACCGAAUGUUUCCUGCAAGGAAUGCGCUGAAACGAUAACUAAGGUUCUCAAAAAAUUAGGACAGCCCGUUAUGACUAAUUUAUACUAUAAUACAAUUAAGAUGCUGCUCGAGAGAGUAAGCUCCGUCAUGAUUGAUGAAGAGGCAAUUCGUGUUUUGAUUGGAUACGUCCUAGACUGUUUGAAGGGAGGUAAUGUGAUAGAAGAAGUCGGUCUCAAUCCGAAUAAUGCUGGUGAGAAAGGACUAAGACUAUUAGUGAUGCUCUCAUUUGUAUUCGGUUCACAUUUUCUUCAUAACGAUAUCUUGUUGCAAUUGGUCAAUUUGCUUGAAUUAGAGGAUGAAAUGGUAGCACCGCUAGUUCUCUCUAUCUUUACGUUCUUGGGGAAAUAUAAACCUCUGAGCGAUGUAGCACCGGACAUUAUGAACCUUAUGGUACCGAUGUGCAAGAAUUUUUCUGAGACGGGAACACCGAAGCAGGCAAAGCAAGCUGUGAGAUGUUUGUUUGUCAAUAUGACCAAUAUUCACGAUACUAUCUUUCCCGAGAUCAUCGAGAGAAUUAAGAACACGCUGACGCCGACGUCGGAAUAUUAUCGGACGUCUAUAGUCACGUUAGGUCACAUAGCGUAUAAUUUGCCAGACAAAUAUCAAGUACAAAUAAAAAAUAUGGUGUCCAGGAAAAUAGUUAAAGAAUUACUAGUGAAGGAAAGCAGCGAGCAAACCUCCGAGGCUAUCGAGGGAGAUUGGUGCAGGGAGGAUCAAUUACCCGAGGAGACACGAUGCAGAUUGGAAGGCUUGAAGUGUAUGGCACGUUGGCUGUUAGGAUUGAAGACCGAUGUAUUGUCAGCGCAAAAGACGUUCAGAAUGCUUAAUGCUUUCAUGGUGAACAAAGGUGACUUGCUGUCACAGGGACGUUUGAGCAAAGCUGAAAUGAGUUGGUUGCGAUUGCAAGCAGGUUGUUCAAUGCUGAAGAUAUGUGAACAGAAGGGCGUCGGCGAUCAAUUCACUGCAGAACAAUUUUAUAAUCUCUCGCAACUCAUGGUGGAUGAAGUCCCUCAAGUCAGAGAAGCUUUCGGUAGUAAACUGCACAAAGGUUUGGGAAGAGGAAUUCCGAACAAAUGUCUACCACUGGAUUUCAUGGGAUAUUACGCUCUGGCUGGUAAGGAACAGGACAAAAGAUUAAAAUGUGUAUUGAAGACAUAUAUGCAGACGGACAUAAAUAAAAGAAGGGAUUAUGUGAAGACUCUUUCAUUGGGUACUGUUGAGCGAGCUAUGGAUCAACUGCCCCAUAUUUUGCCGGAUUACAUGCUGGUUUUCGCGGUACCCAUUCUCGCGCAUGAUCCCGAAUUCACGAGUCAUAUAAUGGUAACCCAGUUGAAAGUUAUUCAACAAUGUCUUUGGUUCAUCUUGGAGCCUCUUAUCACGAAGAACGAAUAUUAUUGCUACGGAUUUUACAAAAAUCUUGUGGAACGUAUGAAGAGCCACAAAGAUGCAUUAAAACCUGAGGACAACGAAAUGAAUUAUAAAUUGUGGGCUGUUUGUGACUUGGCAAUGAAUGUAAUAUACACCAAGACUACCAAUUUUGACUUGAAAGAGUUCCCGAGCGAAACGCGGAUUCCCACGAUGUAUUUUAAACGAUCAGAUGAAACAUUGCACAAUCAGAAGAUCUACUUACCUGCCGAAUUGCAAGUGAACAUGUCGAAUCCACCAAAAGGAAGGGGAUCACAUUUCCACCACUUUUCCACAGUUAGUGAGAGACCACAACGCAAGACUAAAUCCAAACAACAGAAGGAAGUAGGCAUUGGACCUAAUGAAACAGAUGCAAGGCUGCAAGUUGGAGAAAUGGAAUGUAUCGAUGCACAGCCUGCGGAAGCAUCAGAAACCAGGAUUCAACUGCCAGGUUUAGAAGAAGAGAUCGAGGAACCACCAGCAAAGAGGGCAUUAAGGGAAUCGGAUAAAGUAAAUAAAUAAUUCAGUGAUCGGACUAUACCCGGGGGAACAUUGGGACGGGGACAGACUUAAAGAGUAUGAUGAUAAGAAAAUUAAAAAUCUAAAGGAUACUUUACAAAUUAGAAAACAGAAUAUUUUGGUUAUGUAUAACAAUAAACCUAAGUCGUUCGUCUAUUUCUAGAGUGUAAGAUGUUAAGAUUAUGACACAGUAACGUCAGGCUUAUAAUGCAAAAAGUUCUUUGGACUUGCAACAUGUGAGCAAGAAAGAAAAAAAGAAACAGAACGAAAAAUUCAUUAAUUCUUCACAAGGAUCAGUAAACACGUCUAUUUCGUUAACAACAAAUUAUUCAAUAUUACAUAUUCGUAUCUCUCUCUUGUUACUUUUAUGAAUAAUAGAAUCAUUAAAGUAAAUCAUAUAACAAAAAAACCCUUUACAUGGCCCAUAUAUAUAUAUAUAGCCAGAAAGAAAAUUUUUUGUAAGUUUGUAACAAAUUUAACCUGGAUGAAACCAUUCAGUAUAUGAUGAUUCACAUUUGCACUAUAAUAUAUAAACAUUUUUUAUAUCUAUAUUUCGCGAAUGUAAUGAAUGCUAUUACAGGAUUAUUUUGCUGAAAAAUAGCAUCUUCAACAAGCAAGUAUAUACAUAAAUAUUGACUACAUACUUUAUUAACAAAGUAAAAAUUUUCUUUUAACGAGAAACACCCAGAUAUAUCCACUAAAUCGUCACUUUAUAAACAGCCAAGGAGAAUACUAUAGUUUUGUUGCAUAAAUGAUACAUAUUAGAUAAGAAGUUGUGUGUCUAUUGGCUUUGCGAUCUAAAGUUGUUGGUUUUUAGUAAUAUAAUUAUCGCUACACUUUAGGCGCGAUUUUUAUGAUUGAUACACAUAAAGUAUCUAUGUGUAACAAUGAAAGAAUAUUGUGAAAACAUGCAAAAACCUUCAACUUUUGUAUUUAUAAAUAAACAUAAAAAUUAUA